GCUGUACACACCCAGCGGCUUUGCUUUUCCUGUUCUUAUCCCUCUUGGCCUAUUGUGUUAGCUCUUUUCUGAUCUUUUCUAUCAUGUCAAAUGGAUAGAUGGUUGGAUGACUCUUUAUGAUUGAUUGAUUGAACUUUCAUUUGUGAGUAGGACUUGCGGGUUUCAAGAACCACCGAUGGUUCCUCAUUCAUCUGGGAACUGUCAGUUAUUAUGCCCAGCAUAUCUGUCCACUGCAUUGCUGGAUGAUCUAUGUCAUGAAUGUUUCUUUUCUGGAUGCUCUCUUGUUAUGGCUUCUGUGAUAAGCUGUUCACAAGUCAAGUUCAUUGCUUCGGUUUUCCUUGAAUCCGGGAGUUGGUCGGACAGACUCGAAGAGAUCAUGCAGCGGCGUUUCACUGUCGGGCAGCAUGGCGCAGGAAAGGUCGUGUGCUUGUCUUUUCUUUGUGCUUUUGAAUUGGCUAGGCUAGAAGAGCUGGUUGUGUCUUGAGGCAAUGCAUGUGCAUAAAUAAUACAAUAAAAUACCUGACUGUUGAGAU